AUGGACUACAUCCAGACGAUAACAAUAGUCAUUGAAGUAUCGCGAGAGUACAAAAGAUCGUUCCGUUUCACUUUCAUCGAUUUAAAGAAGGGUUUUGAGCCAGUUAAGAUAGAAGUUGUCAUGGAAGCUCAGGACAGUCAGGGAGUGCCUAAUCAGUAUAUAAUGAUUAUUCGUGAGUUGUAUAAAAAUUUUGCAGCUGAGAUAUUACCACUCUACAAUGAUAUUAACACCAACGUCAAAAGAAGGGUUGGGCAAGGCGAUCCAUCUCGCCAAAAUUAUUUACCGCUACCCUCCAGAAUGUCGUGCGAACUUUGGUAUGGGAUAACAUGGGAACGAAAAUCGAAGGUAGGCAGUUACAUCAUCUUCGCUUUACUGAUGAUAUCGUUCUUAUAG